GUUCAUUAGUUAUAAAUUAAAAAUGUCAUUUGCGAUAUCAAAUUUGAAAGAGUUCAUGGAACCAGAUAGUCAUCUCUAUAGACAUCUUACUGAGAGAGCUGAUCAGAUUCCUGAUUAUGAAGGCUUUGGGCCUCCUGAUUGAUGAUAUUUGAUCAAGGAGCAGAAAGGAGGCUUUAUGAAAUCAUCUCAGAAGUGGGGAAGCUUCCAUUACGUCUAUGGAGUUGAUUGAUCUUCUUCAGCAAGUAUUGCAGUCUACAUUAACACUCUUAUCAACAACAUUGAAUCUGAAGGAUGGUAUAAAAAAAGUCAUAAAAUCACUAAAGCCAUCUUUUGCAUUUUUGACAUCGUUUUAAAAAGAGAUGUCAGAGUUGAGAUUUCCAUUCCUGGCGGUACUCAUGUUUAUGCUGUGAAUCAAGAAAAUGAAAAGCAAGCUAUAACUGCUGUCCACGAACCUCAAUGGAACUUUGUAUUCGUUAGCUCUAUUCUUCGCUCAAUUGAGCCCAAGAGAUCUGAUCAUAUAAAGAUUGUAGCAGAGUUAGACACUAAAGAACUCUUUCAAGAUUUUCUUGUUGUUGCAACAAAUUUGUAUAAAAAUGGCUAUGGAAAAUAAAUUUGGAGAUGUAAUGGACAGAGUCAAAGAUGGAUCAUCAAUGCUUCUUCAUAAAAUUGCAGAAUAUCUAAUAUCGAAAAGGAGAAUCACAGAGUGUAUCGAUUUCAUCAGCCCUUUUGCAGAAAAAGAUCCACUUUUAAUCAGCAUGAUUUGAGAUGCUUUAUUCACUGUUGAUAAGCUUAAAGAAGCAAUUACACUUCUAGCUCAUAAGAUUAAGGAAUUUCCAAUGCUUGCUUCUCUUCUUCUUAAGCAGGCCCAAGCAUUCCUAAAAUAUGAGUAUUAUGAGUUUGCUCUAAAGAUAUCAAAAAUUCUUGUUGACCUUUGCCCUGAAAGCUUUGAAUGUUGGCUAGUUUUAGCAGAAUCUUACUUUCAUGAGAGAAAAUUUAAAAAUGCAUUGAUUGCUAUUGAUGUUGCACCUUCAUAUGAAGAUAUAAACGAUGAGCUUGUUCUUCCUGACCUAACCAAGUAUGCUAGGACUAAUCCAAAGACUCAAAAUUCUACAGAUAUAUACCCUGAAAUGAUGGUAAAGCCAGAGAAUCCAGAUUACAAAUUUACCGAAAACAAUUAUGAAGCCAAGGUACUUCAAGGCUUAGAAAAGGCGAAUAACCGUAAGCUAAACUCUUGAGACAUGAAGGCAUACGAUCUCCUUGUCAAAAUUGAAAAAGAAAUUAGCUGGGAACAGCUCCUGAAACUUAAAGGAGAAACCUUCCUCUCUGAAGGAGAUGAAGCUGAUGGCUGGGAAAAUCCUUAUCUCAAUGCUGAUUAUACAAAGCAAGGGACUUCUGCUCCAAAGGGAGUUAAUGAGUCGUUUUAUGCUAUUCAAAAGAGUGCCAAUAUGUUCCUAAAAGAGAAGAAUAAAUAUGAAGAUGAAGAUGAUGAAGAAGAAGCCAAACAUGAAAUUCAUGGACAAAUUAUUGAAGAAGAGAAUGUAGAAGAAACCAAACAAACAGAACCUAUAGAUGCAGCUGGAGAUAGAAGAAAGACUAGGACUAGAGCAAAUAAUGAAAUCUUAAAUACUGCUAAUGUAGAAGAUGCCCCAGUCACUUUUGCAUCUCUUCCAUCUGAAGCAGAAGGUGAGGGAGAAGAAGAGGAAGUUAAUAUUAGUAAAGAAGAAGUCAUUAAAGAAAGACGUAAAAAGAGACUUGCUACUAAAAUAGACAAAUUAUUCCUGAUGCUAUAUGAAGAUCUAAACUUAUUGAUUACUUGGGAAAAUGAAGAGAAAAAGAAGGCUGAGGAGCAAGCUCCAGAUGCUUUUAACUAUAACGGUAUUGUCUGGGUUCAUAGAGGAAAACUUGCAGAAAGAAUUUCUAGGAAAAGAUUAGCUGAAAAGGCAUACAGAAAUGCUAUUGAAAGAGGUUUCUCUCUAUAUACUUGGUACAGACUUCUGGAUAUCUACUCAGAAACAUAUAAUCCAAAAGCUUGUCUUGUCUGUGUAGCAGAGAUCUUAGAUCAAGCUGAUGAUGAUGGCAUUGAGAAAUUUACUAAACUUCCUUAUUGGAUUGAAUCUGUUGUAUAUCAUCUGGUUGCAGUUAAUGGACUGAAAGCAAUAGUCAAGUUAACAAAAGAAAUGGAAUUAGAAGAUUGCCGGGCUCUUACAAAUUCACUUGUUAGAGCACAAUAUUGGGGAAUAGAAGGGUCUAAUUCUUAAAUUUAGAGUUAAAUUGAAUUCA